AUGCCUCCACUUGGAUGGAAGAAGGGUCUGAAACGAUCAAGCAAGAGCAAUUCCCAUCAUGACGCGGAUAUUGAUAAUUUUGAGUUUGGAGGAUCUUCACGCGCCAAGUUCGUCACGAAGAAGAGGAAGCAAAAGAAGAAAAGCCAUGGAACCAAAGAACAGAUGUCAAAACAGCCGACAGUUGAAGACGCGCCCGAUACAUCCAGUGAGGGAGAGGACGAACUUCAGUCAGAAGUAAGACAAGUACGAAAAGCCUCGAAAAGCAAGAAGAAUCAUGCAGCAGAGGUUUUGAAGAUAAUCGAAGCUGCAGCAAAAGCACUCGCUGCCAUUGGCGGCCGUGAAGAAAUCGAAGCUUUUCUUCAGGCCAAUGGUAUUGAAGAAGAUGAUGCCAUUGGAAGUAUUCGAAAUCACUGCGCAGCAAUUAUCAGACUCCUCCCGGAGGCAAAGUCUUGCACCGACUUGCCUGCCGAAGACGUACCAAGCACGAUUGAAUUGUACGAUCAGUCGUUCGUUUAUCGGGCUUCUUCAAGUCUUCUUUAUUUACUUCGUCCAACGGAAGUUUUCAAAGGAAACCAAAAUUAUGCCAGGCAGAAAGUCUUCGGCUUCGUCAGAUCCAAAGGUUCUCCUGAUCCCGAGAUGUGCGCGUUUCCUGGGUGGACUGUCUGCGCCGAAAAGCACCAAAAACUCCUUGAUCCGGAUAUUUGGACGACGGUUGUGAAAGAGUUUGUAACUUUCCACAACCACGAUUUCAAAGUUUCACCAUUUGACAAAUAUCACGGACGCGAAGGAGGUGAUACAUAUGCAGCGCAUGUUGAGCCAAAAUUAAUGUUGUGGUUUGCCAUCGACAUCCUGCAAAAGCAGACUGGAAAGGUCCGGCCUCCGUCAAAACAGAGAGGUGAUCUCUGGAUGUUGAAGGAUGUUGCCCGGAAACCAAUUGAGGCCGAGAUCGUCAUUAGCCGUCCUCCUUGCCGACAAUGCCUGAUGUUUCAGGAAUUCAUGGAGCGGUACACACCUAUAAAAUUCUACUUCAUCAUAUGCAAAAACCUAGGUGAAGUCCAGUUUACCAAAGGCAAGUACGGGCAGGUGUCACUGCCUCUAUUCGCUGAUGAGAUCGAAGAUCCGGAUGCAGAGCCUGAGCCGCAGAUGCUGAAGAGGACAGAAAGCAAAAAGCGAAGCAACAUGGCAGUCGUCAUCAGAGAGAAACCAUAUACCCGCCCUGCUUCGUCUACUUCGGCUGCUCCGCUUGCUUCACCACACGUUGCAGAAAGAAGACAAACCUCACCCUCCGAGGUAUCAUUCUCGACAACAAUGACAACCCGAGACCACUCCAGCUCGAGGGUGUCAACGAGAGUAACGGUUUCACAAGCAACCCAGUACUAUCCAAGCCCAAAAGGCUGCGAGAAAAAGAAGCGAAGAGAACGAAACUACUUCGGUGACUCCGACGAAGACGAGUGGACCCCACCUGCACGUUCAGGAUCUGGAAAAGAAGACAUAUUCACGCCAGCCAAGAAUGCUACAAGAACUCCCAUCUUCACUCCCGCAUUCACUCCCGAUGCUUUGAAGCGAGCCGUCAACCUGAAUGACAACAGAAAGCGUUCGAGAGAAUUGGACAGUUUUCAAACUCCUUCGAAGAAAAGCCGGGUGAACAGAUAUUGAGGUUCCUUAGAGUUAUGAGUUGAAAAGUCAGCAGGACUGGAGAGAACCCAUUGAAGCAGGCCUUCGUGUGUUGAAGUUGUUGACCUGUUUCUGGAACGAUGAAAUGCGUAUGCUGAGGAGAGGAUGAAAAACGCAAUGGAUUUGCGAGACCAAAAGGGGCGAAGAUGCGUUUGUUUUCGAAAUUUCCUUUCCUUUCCUGGAAAGUUUUCUCGUCGAGAUGGAGCUUAGACAGCGGGACUGUAGGAUGCCCAGGUCUCAAAUUUGAGGAUAGUUGAUGGGCGCCAGCUGUGAAUUGGAGAUCAACUAUGGUCUUUCAUGUUUCGGCAUUGAAGGCAUCGCAAUGGAAUGACACCGUUGCAUCGAAAUUAAAAAGCUUUAAAAACUUUUAUGAUAUUGAAACCGAAUGAUAUUCUGC